UUGAGUGACCUUGCUUGCCCGGGAUCAACUGUACAGCACUGCACUACAGCUGGGAGCCGAGCGAACAGUUAUCGCCACGCCCACCCCCGGUAUUCGGAAACAGGUAGUUUCUAACACGCAGCAACGGCACUGACUUGACCAGCUAGACCUACGUAUAAUUAUACUGAAUCUAACUUCACAAAGAAGGAAGAAAAAUCACCAUGGCAAACCGACCAAAGGGAUUUGGAAUGACUGCUGAAUUGGCGAAUAAGAAGGCUGCUAAGUUUGAUCCACAAUUGGCGAGCGAGGCGUUCGAAUGGAUUGCUGCUGUACUUAAUACGGGACCGUCCGAAUCACAACAAUUGGCGAGCUCAGUUGGAACUGUAAGCUCUCAAAAGGAUGUCCAAGAUCCUCUCAAAGAUGGCGUCGUCCUUUGUCAUUUGAUCAACGUUAUCAGGCCGGGAUCAGUGAAAAAAAUCAACUCAAGUAAGAUGGCUUUUAAACAGAUGGAAAAUAUUGGGAAUUUUUUGACAGGAUGCGAAAACCUAGGAAUGAACAAGGUGGAUCUGUUUCAAACUGUGGACUUAUACGAGGCAGGCAACAUCCCACAGGUCGUCAAUGGCAUUUUCGCUCUUGGUAGAAAGGCACAAAAAGUCGGUUACAACGGGCCGACGCUUGGUCCAGAAGAAGCAACACAGAACAAACGAGAGUUCACCGAGGAGCAGCUGCGAGCCGGUGAAGGGGUGAUAGGACUGCAGGCUGGUUCUAACAAAGGGGCCUCUCAGGCCGGUCAAAAUUUUGGAAAGACCAGAGCGAUUUUAGAUUAGAAGAGGAAGUUGGGUCUAGUAGAUUGUGUGACCAUGUUGAUGUAUUUUAAUUCGGAUAAAAUUAUACAAACGCAUUGCACCCGCUGGUCACGACAGGGGGGGGGGGGCAUCCUCUUGCAUCCACAGGCUUUGGUUAUAAAAAAAAAAAUCAAAAGUUAGAUGGGGAAAGGCCCUAUCGGAAUACCUCGGUCACAUUUGCUCUAAGGCGGCCUUACGGCAAGUAAACAGCCGUUUUAGCAUUUUUUUGGCAUUAGCUACAUAAUUAUUGUUGGUGAUUUGCAUAAAAAUGAAUAAAAGGGCAGUUUUCGACUUGCCGUUGAGCAAUGUGACCGAGGUAUUAUCAUUUUUGUCACUAAAACAGUAAUAUUCGUAUUCUACCGGUUAAUGGUUUUAUGCUAGAUCUUUUAAAUGAUUAAGAGCUAAAUUUGUCUCUACACGGUGCCUAUGUAAGAAUGCGUGUGAGUCAGGACCGCCUAUCCCAUUAGCUAUUUGACAUUACAACUUAUAUGCUAGUGGGAUUAUGAUCAUUUUGAUAAUAAUGUUCAAUUCCUGUAGAGCACAUAACACUAUACUAGCCACUUGGAUAUCAUUACUACUGGGAAUGACUUGAAAUUGUUGAUAGAAAUGCUCAGAUAAUAUCAAGAAAUGAUGGGAAAUCGUCCAAGGUUAUUUCUAGUAUUCAAAAUAGCUGGACAGUCCUCUGACUCCUUUCUUUUAGGAAGAGAAAGUUGUUUAACUCUGGAGGUGUAUAUUUUAUUUUACCGGUUCUCAUCUGAUCAACAAAGGGCCUAUUAUCUGAUUAUGCAUACAUCAUUCCAUCCUAGGUAUGUAGUUACCUAGUUUAACAGCUGUUUAACAGCUAUCUAGUCUUAUUAGUUUCAACCUUUGAUACUCUUGUAUGAAUUUUUAAUUGAUUUUCUUUUCAUCUUUGUUUGGAUUAAACUUAAACCAAAUACUACUAUUCUUAAAGCAAAUAUGCUGUAAACGCCUUUGAAGCGAAGAGUUAGCUAAAUGGCUUUAUGCAAAGAGCAGUACUGCAUAUAAUCUUGAUUUAUCUCAUUAUUUAUCAUUUAUAUUUUGUAUAUGUUAUAGUAGGUGGAGGCCAAUUGUGUUUUGUAGAUUUCUGAUGAUUUUAAUCAUUAUUUGAAUAAAAGGAAAAUGGUGUAUUAUUGAUCAAAGUUGACGAUGGCAGAUUUACACUGCCAAAACACCGGUGUUGAUUUAACACCAUCCCGGUAUCUAUUAAGGAAACAACACCAGAUAAGAAUCAAACCGGUAUUGAUUUAACAAUGAUUAGUGUUGUUUAAAUGCCUAUCUGGUGUUAGCCCAAAGCCGAAGUGGUGAUUUUUCAACACCUCUGGUGUUUUCCGAUAAACUUUUUUUUUCCAGAGCUUGGUGUUAAAUCCCGCAAAUAUGAGGGACAACUUCUAGGCACUUUUCAUCGGUGUUACUUUAUUAUAUCUAGUUCAAUGUAGACAUUUUUUGUAUUUAUGUAUGCAGGGCCUUUAAGAAAAACCGUGUUCAAAACCCUGAUAAGGCUUCACCGUGUAAAGUAGACAAAACGAUAAAUAAUAUUUCAAAAAGGAUAUGACGUUCGGGUAUUAAUUCAUUCUCUAAAAACUAUAACUGCUUAACUACCAAUAUGGAUGCCUACAU